AUCAAAAAUUGUUAAAAGACAAGGAUGAAGAUUCUGAAAGCCAUAAUGAGGUUAAUAUUGAUAUUCAAUUGGAAGAUGAAUUAGAUGAGCUCUAUGAACAGUAUGUAGAGCGCAAGGCAGAACGUGAUGUAAAAUAUAGAGUGAGAAAAAUGCGAAAAGAAUAUGAAGAUUGGAAUGAUAUUCAAAAAUCUGAAAGUAGCGAUGAUAGGAAAUCCGAUAAUAAUGAAGAAGAUUCUGAUUCGUAUCCGAAAGAUGAAACGAAGAUGGAUGUCUCUGAUGUUAAAGAUGCCAUAACUAAGUCUAAUGGACAUUCUUUAAAACGUAAAGCUGUUGAUGUUAUUCCUAGAGACAAAGAUAGCGAUGAAGAAAUGUGGGAUGUUAAUGAAGUUGACGAAGACGAGAAAAAAAUGAUUAGAGCAAAAGAAAUUGGUUUGAUCACCGCAGAAGCAGUAACUUUAGCGCACCAACUAGUGAAUCGACAGAAGACAAAAUAUGACCUUAUAGAUGAACGUCGAUACACAUAUAAUGAUAGGGAAGGAUUACCUGGAUGGUUUUUAGAUGACGAAAAGCAACACACCAAAUUGAAUGUGCCAGCAAUUAAAGAGCAUUCUAGUAAUCAAUUAGAUGCAUUUAAUAUUAUUAUGGAGCGGUCUACACAAUGUUCUCUUCCUCCACUAAAAUCUAGCAAUUCUAAACAUAAUAAAUUAUAUAAUGAUAUUCUUAGCAAACUAAAAGAUAAAGAUUGUAGAUGGUUAGAUGGAAAAGAAAUUACUAUAGGUAAACAAUUUAUGACUCAAAUACUAGAUGUUGAGCAAACAAAAAAAAAAAUUGGUAAAAAAGACAAAAAAACCGCCAAAGGUUCGGCGUUUGGACAAGUUGCCAAAGAACAAGGAUAUCGUGUCCAGUCACGAUGUUUGAUAGAUUUAUGUGCUGCACCUGGAGGUUGGUUACAAGUUGCGAAAAAAUAUAUGCCUGUAUCAAGUUUAAUUAUUGGUAUUGAUCUUGUACCUAUUAAUCCAAUUUCAAAUAUUAUAACCUUACAAGAAGAUAUUACUACUGAUAAAUGUCGUUCCGCAAUUCGAAAUGAAUUAAAAACCUGGAAAGCUGAUGUAGUGCGUCAUGAUGGUGCUCCAAAUAUGGGUAUUUCUUGGUUACAAGACGCUUUCUCUCAAGCUGAAUUGACGUUAAAAGCGCUGAAAUUGGCUGUAGAGGCUACAAAACCGGCUUCAUCGAGAAAACGACAAAGAGAAGGUUACGAAGAUGGAAAUUACACUUUAUAUAAAGAAAUUUCUGUCUUAGAUUUCAUUAAUUCCGGUGAUCCUAUUCAAAUUCUUGGUGAUCUUGAUAAGCUCACUAAAGAGAAACAAACUCAAUUAAAACGACUUCGUCGAAAAGCUAAUGAAAAACGACAGAAAAAUGUUGUUCGAAUGCAGUUAAAGAUGAUGCCCCCCACCGACAUUGCAUUGGAAAGUUCAGGGCCUGAUGGUGGUGAUCCAUUAUUCGAUUUAAAACAAGUUGAUAAAACUGGGGUGUUGAGAAAAAUACGCAAAGGAAAUAUGGACGUGAUUCUUGAACAAGACACCGAUGAUCAAAAAUUGUUAAAAGACAAGGAUGAGGAUUCUGAAAGCCAUAAUGAGGAUAAUAUUGAUAUUCAAUUGGAAGAUGAAUUAGAUGAGCUCUAUGAACAGUAUGUAGAGCGCAAGGCAGAACGUGAUGUAAAAUAUAGAGUGAGAAAAAUGCGAAAAGAAUAUGAAGAUUGGAAUGAUAUUCAAAAAUCUGAAAGUAGCGAUGAUAGGAAAUCCGAUAAUAAUGAAGAAGAUUCUGAUUCGUAUCCGAAAGAUGAAACGAAGAUGGAUGUCUCUGAUGUUAAAGAUGCCAUAACUAAGUCUAAUGGACAUUCUUUAAAACGUAAAGCUGUUGAUGUUAGUAAUCCUGGAGUAUCAGCCGCAUUCAUAAUUGGAGAAGACGCAAAUGAUGAUAUUAAAAUAGUUCCUAGAGACAAAGAUAGCGAUGAAGAAAUGUGA